AUGCUAAUAUUGCAAUUUCUCCUCGCCUUCAGUAGAGCACACACAGUAAGAUGCACCGGUGAUACACUUAAUGAUGAUCACCUUCGUUCUCAUCCUGGUUCUCGUGAUAGAGAGCUACCUGGUAAAGAGUUUUUGAUGGAUGAAGUGCCUUUGUCCAAAUCGUUAGGGUUUUCGGCGAAGCGUUUAGGCCGAACAUUGGAGGAUGCACACCUGGGCAAGGAGUUUAAGGAACUCUACCAAGAAAUGAUGAGGGCUAGCCAAGAAAUGGACCCUGAUGAUCUAGAUGAGUAUAUUUCGCACACUGAUUUGACGAGACUUAAAGGAAUAGCAAAUAGAAGACGCUCUGUAAUAUCCUCUCAGGCCAGUAAGAGACGAGCUCGUUCCCAAGCUAUUCGCAGGGAAAAACUCAACGGGCAGAGCCUUAGGAGUCACAUGGAACAUUCCAGACAAAACAACAUGUAUGAGUAA